UCUCAUAAACGCCAACUCCCUCACCACUGACCCUGAUGAAGCGUCGAGAGGUGGCUCUACCACUUUGUUCCAUCUAUGGUCCGUCUUACAAAUUUCCACCCCAUAUAAUACACAGAUUCAGCCUGAACCAUGGAGGCUCUCGUUGGUAUUGCAGCCUUUGGCCUCGCAUGCAAUGUAAUGCAAACUAUACAAUUUAGCAUCCAGGCCGUCUCUAUGUGCAAGGCAAUGUACGCUGGGAGGUCUCCUGAUCGCGAACUUGUUGGUCACUGCAACAAACUAAAAGAUGCGGUUAAGAAGUUGGAGGAUCCUUCAGCCGCUCAAGCGGACCCCGAGCUACAGGCUAUCGCCAGAAAUCUCAUCGGAAAAGCAGAACAAUUGGAUAGCGAGCUCACGAAGAUCGCCAAUGACUCUGGAUCUAAAGUCCGCGCUGUGCGCAAUACCGUUUCGUAUGCUUUUAGUGGGAAGAGGAAGAUUAGGGGACUAGAGAAGUCCAUUAAGGCGUCGCAAGAGGUGAUGGAAACUAGAAUUCUUAUUGAUCUAAGAUCACAACUCGACCGAAUGUCGCAGCAUACAAGGAAACAACUCAAUGCUGUCGAUCAGAGGUUACGAACUUUUGUGGCUCAACUUGAAUUGGGGCAUUAUAAGCUAGAUCAAUUGAUCGCAGAAACCGGCGAGGUGAAGAAGCUCAUCCAAGCAGAGGCUGCGACGACUCGCACACAUAUUACGCAACAACUAGAACACAGCAGAACAUUGCAAAUAUCGAAGUCCCGAGUUGACACAUUUAUCAACAGCCUCACAUAUCCUGAGAUGAAUGCACGCCGGUCUGCUAUUCGUGAGGCAGGAAGAAACUCCUAUCGAUGGAUCUUUAAGGAUUCACGCGAUGAUGAUGAUGAUGACAGUGAGAACGACGAGGAGCGUAAAUGGGACAGUUUUGCAGAUUGGCUUAGAAGCGGCGAUAGCAUCUACUGGAUCUCCGGGAAAGCAGGUUCUGGGAAGAGCAGUUUGAUCCGAUAUCUAUGCGCGUCCGCGCAAACCAGGAGAUUGCUACAAGAGUGGAAGAGUAACGCGAUCAUACUCUCUGCUUUUCUUUGGAAUUCCGGAACGCCAUCACAAAGAAGUCAAAAACAUAUCUUCGCGGCUCUGCUCCAUCAAUUCCUGCUUUCACGAGACGAAGAGGUGGUUCGAUUGCUGAGAGAAAAUCCAGAUCUCAACAAAUCCACCAUCGAUGACUGGUCGAAAGAGGAGGUAUUGACUGCUUUCGAGGCAGCAUUGAAGAUUGUUAAUAUACCUGUCUGUAUAUUUGUCGACGGGCUCGACGAGGUCGAUCGGGAUUCUCACGAUGGCGAAACCGGUCUUCUCAACGCAAUCGACAGAAUGAGAGCCGUUACGAACGUCAAACUAUGCCUCGGUAGCCGCGAAGAAGCUGUAUUUCAGUCUUCGCUCUACAAAUACCCUAAGUUACGCCUUCAAGACCUCAACGAAGCCGACAUAUGGGAAUAUGUCAGACGCACGAUUGGUGCAUGCCCCAGCGGUCAUUUGGAAGCUGUAAAUGAUAGCAUUUGGCUCGACAACCUGGCUUGGAAGAUUGUUCGAAAAGCCGAUGGUGUUUUUCUGUGGGUACAUCUGGUGACGAAAUGGAUAUGUGAGGGUCUUUACGGUUUCGAUGAUGCUGAACUACUCCACGCCAGGCUUGAAGGACUUCAUCCCGGACUGGAAGGCCUAUACACAUCAAUGUGGAGCCGUUUGAACAGCAUCGAUAAAGAUCAAUAUCUAACGACAUCCUCGCUAUGCUUCCAAAUGGUCAUCCAAUUCCGGAAUCUCAAGUUUAUUGAACUACUUUUCUGCAUCGAUACUAAUCUUCGCAAAGCUCUUUUAGCAGGGGGAAAAGAUGUCAUCGAACAAACUAUCCUCAAUGCUGCGAUCGUUUUCCGUCGCCAAUUGCUUGUCCGCUGUGCUGGUCUACUAGAAACCGCAUGGCCCGGGGAGGCCCAUGAUACCAAAUUAGAGGACGUCCUCCAGUACGGAGUCAGCUUCAUACAUCGAAGCGCUCGUGACUUUUUGACAAGUACGAUCGACGGCAAAGACAUUCUGGGCCAUUUCGAGACGACUGAGGUUGAGUUGAAUUGCUAUUACACGCUCUCCUUGUUAGCAACUUCACUAGUCGAAAAGUCGGAUAAUCCAUAUGCAGGAUCUUUACGAUACAUUAAGUGGAUUCUGCAGACGCACAAAGGAUUGCACUGGCUUGAUUCCGAUGUGUUAAAGAAAAGCAUGCUCGAGUUAUUUGAUACCACCAUGAAGCGAAGACAACUACUCGAAAAGGAUACUAUGAAGUUGGCUUUAGGUAUCUGUCCCGCGUCCAUAACAGGCGUGGAACGGCUCAUACAAGACUUUCCAGGCCAGGCUGACACGUGGAGGUCUCGAGCACUAUUCCUGGCACUAAGUUAUGUGCGGGAGACCCAAGAGAACUGUUUUGUCAAUAUCUCAAACGACAUAUCUUCUCUAGGACGGGUUCAGCCUUACUUGGAAUUGAUCCACAAGCUGGUCGCGGGAGGCGCAGAAGUGAAGGACAUGACCGUUUCUUGUGAUUUCUCGUGGUGGUUUAUGUCUUGCACAACAAGCACUACAUUCAUCGACUUUCUGUUCCUUUUGAAAGACUUCCUGGACUACUCAAUUGAUCUGAACCAUAACCGGGUGGAACGCAUCCCCAGCGAGGAAGACCUUGCCAGACAUCGAGAUGCCUACGUCACGAUCCUGAUGGACUUCUUCAAACGCGGCGCAGACCUUAGUUCUACGACGAUACUUCGCAUCCGCGACCCCAAGAACAAUCGCAACAGCGACGCACCGUGGUCCUUCGACUUCGGGAACGACGGCCUUUACAGGUCCCUCAUUCUGGCCGAGAUGGAAGCCCGCGAGAUCCUCCACGGCUUCAAAGACGAAUUAGCGAAUUGGAUCGAAGACUGGCACGGUGACCCGAGAGAUAAACAACGACUCCUGAACUCCCUACGCACGCCCCCCCGGAGAUUGCCCAGGGCACAGUACGCCGUCAUCCGGUACGCAGACGGCCCAAUCCACUGCAUACAUAUCGACGAAGAUCGGUCCAGCAGGCUCCAGCACAAAGAAUUCAAUUUCUCCGUCUUCGUGCACGAGAUGUACUCGUAUGCACACGGCCUGCACACUGGGGGAAAAAUGGUGGAUUAUCAAGAGAUGGUGGACUCAUUGGUGCAGCAAAAGUACAUGCAAGAGGGUGCUAUGGCAACGCAGAACCCGCUUGGGCUCAACCCUGCGAAUGAUAUUGAGCGGUUUAGUCCGCAUGUGCCGUUGAGUGAAAUGAGCUGGGAGUAUCAGGGCGAAUAUGAUCAGCUUAUGAGAGCUAUGAAGGAGGGGUUUGGAAAGGAAAGUCAUGUGGAUGCUUCAGGCAGAGUCAAUGCUUUCAGGCGAGUUACUUAAGGGCUCUGUAUUUGGUGUUUCUGUUUAGCAAUUAGCGUUCGAAG